AUGGCGAAGCAACGAUUGCAGAUCGGCUUUUCUGGUGCAUGGAAAGGGUUUCGAAGGGUGACGCCGAGGAAGGCGCAGGCAGGACACGCAGAUCCAAUAGCGAUGAAGUACUGUUACGGUAAAAUUCCGAUGUCAAAGCUGAGGGUUAAACGUUUCGCAAGUGGGGAUUGGGAUUGGCCCGAUCCCGAGACAACCACACUGGACCAAAAAAGCCCGUUCACUCAUAAAGUCUCCAGUUCACAUUUCAACGAGUACAAGACCUUCGUUUCUCUUCAUUUUAGAGGCCUUGCAUCUCCUCUAACACAGAAACUCUAUACUCAACCAGUGAUCAAUGGCGUCUCAUCAAUCUCCUUCCACAGCAAAGACUGGGAAAGGAACAUCCCUCUCCCUACGAAUCACCCGACCGCCCUGACCCCAUCUAAUUCGCCACAACCACCAAAAGCACUGAAGAUUUCCAAAUCAGGAAGCCCAAUACCUGGGCUUCAAGGGUCACCCUUUGAGGCGACACAUGUGGCACAGCAAUCGACGGAAAUCGGUUGGUUCCAGCUGAAGGGAGAGGAGAGAGGAUCGAGUGUUAGACAGUUCUCCGUGAAAGCAGGCUUCGCCAAUCAAGAUACUUUCGAACCCACCCCAGAGUUGGAAACGACAACCCUUGAUGAUCUGACGGCAGCUUCCCGCUUCGGAAAGCAGUCCCCAGGCACCAUCCCCUCCCACGUGAUCGAAAUUCCCUGUGCGACGGUUCCACCCGUGGUGGCGCACGCCUCCGUCUUCAACGCUUCUCCGCUCCCUAAGGGCAAACUUUCCGCUUCCAUUGCAGCAGGCCAGGGCAUUGGCGCGGAUUGGGGAUGUUGGGCCGGGGAAUGGCCGAUGCGCGGAAGUAAGUUUGCCAUAAGAGAUGGGAAGCUUGGUGAGAUUGGAAUAUUUACCUGUCGCUCGAUAUCCAAGCCCACGCCAAUUACAUUGACCCAUCUCAAUAAUUCAGACAUAAAUUCCCCUCAUCUAAUAACGAUCAAUAAUUAUGUGUCUACGCAUGGCGUGUCAGCAAUAGUCACAGAACACCCCGCAACGCAGAACAACCCUUCGACCUCUCCCGGCUUAGGUCUUUCUGGAGGUGAUGGGAUGCAAGGGAAAGAUUGCAUUGGAGGUGAUGCUGGUGAGGUUGUUUCGAAGAAUGAUAAAUGGAUAAGAACCGUUUCCGCGACAGCCGCUGUCGCUGUCCUCUGGAUUUUGAUGUUCCAAGAAUUCUUGUCGGAAGAUAUAGGGAUCCAACUUGAUUCGAGGAUUGAAUAUCCGUAUAACAAACUUAUGCGGCCUCUAUUGGAUCUAUUCUUGAUGAUCUGGAAAGCGCCGGCAGAGGCAGUGAAGGAAGAAAGAUGUGGUUGUACGCAAGUUCGCCCGGUUGUGCAGCACGGCAUCCUGAAAUCAUUACGCAAAGUCCUCGCUAAGAGUUUUAGAAGCCGAAAAAAUGUAGGCUGUGUCGAGAUCUUUCAGCUGUGCAACGUGAAGAUUGAGGGCACGAAAAACAUAACACGACCCAAGAUAAAUUUUAUCCAUGAAAAUACCAUGCCAUAUCUCAAUAAAUGUUGCUUAAAAGGAGUUCAAUGA